AUGCCCUCUUUCCCUCCGAGGUUCCCAGAUGGAGGGACUUCCUUUUCGGCCAACCAGGUCACCUGGAAGGAACAAGGCGGCGGCGGGGAGCUGAAUUCUUCUCCGCCUCUCCCCGCGCCCCGGCCGGCCGCGGGUCCUCAGAGUGCCUCCUGGCGCACGCUGCGCUCCGCCGGCUGGAUCAUGGAGGAGUUGGCCCGAGAGAGCAUCAGCCUGCUGGCUUCAGCCUCCGCCAAGCCGCCGCUGUACGCCGGGCCCCGGCUGGGCUCCACGGGGGCCGUCUUCAUCAUGCUGAAGUCCGCCCUGGGCGCCGGGCUGCUCAACUUCCCCUGGGCCUUCGAGAGAGCCGGGGGCGUGCGCAGCGCCGUGACCGUGGAGCUGGUGAGCGCGGCUCCGGACGCCCUGAUCGUGGAGGUUUUUUCUGGCUCAGAUCGGUCCAGAUAUGGACCUGCUCCAGCUGACCGGAGGGCCUUUUCCACUGAUAUUUACAUUUCGAGGACCCCCCCUCCUAACCGGCCUCUCCCUCCCCAGAUCUCGCUGGUCUUCCUGGUCAGCGGCCUGAUCAUCCUGGGCUACUCGUCCUCCAUCAGUGGCGGGGCCACCUACCAGGCGGUGGUCAGACAGCUGUGCGGGCCGGCCAUCGGCCAGCUGUGCGAGCUCUGCUUCGUCUUCAACCUCUUCAUGAUCUCCGUGGCCUUCCUGGUGGUGGUGGACGACCAGCUGGACAAGCGUGAGUCCCGGGGUGGCCCGCCCUGGCCCCCAGAGGCCGGAGCCAGCCCAGGUCAGGUCCCGCAGACGUCUGUAGGGACGCUGCUGACCAGUCAGCCUCCACCUGGAGCGUCCCAGUGCUGCUAG